AUGACUUCGGGUGAAAUUGUCCAAUGGUUGAAGAAGGAAGGUGAUAAAAUCUCUGUUGGUGAUUCCUUGUGCGAAAUCAGAACAGAUAAAUCAGUAUUGGAUUUUGAAUCAACUGAAGAAGGUAUUUUGGGUAAAAUUAUCAUUCCUGGUGGAACAAAGAAUAUUGAAAUGGGUGCAACUAUUGGCUAUCUUGUUGAUAAAUUGGAUGAAAUU